AUGAUGCGGUUGACACCUGAGAGCUUUGUGGAGAGAUUGGAAAGGGACGAGGUGACGAGGUUUGCGUGGGUGGUGUUGAUGCGGUCGGGCGUGGUUCCGACCGGGGAGAUGGAAGAGGAGAGGAAAGGGAGGGAGGAGCUAUUCGAGAUUUUUGCCGGUAGCAGUUCGGAUUUCUUUGAUACGGUCAUUUUCCUACUUCGGUAUACGCUUGGUGUUGAUGACUCCGGAGUGGACGAUGAAGACACCAGGUGGAACUCGAUGCUCUAUUUGGUGAGGGUCAUGGGAACGUUGAAGACGGCACAGUGGAGCAAGAAGAUGCUCAAGGACAUAAACUACGACGACGAUGACGAGCUACAGGUCCCGCGCCCGCCUUAA